UGCUCGUCAAUCCAAUUCACAAUGGCUCUACCGAUCUGGAAACGCAAGCAUGAUCUGAUCUACUUGAUCUUCUUCCUCACGCACAUCCCGAUCAUGUUUUGCGUUGAUCUGACACCGCUGUAUCCUGCAGCUCUGAAGCCUGCCUUUAUGACAAACCUUAGAACGUGGUACAUCACCACGUACAGAGAUCAGUUCUUCUCUUCUCCACCCGCCUGGUUCGAUACCUACAUCUGGCUCGAAGCUCUUUAUCACGUUCCGUUGAGCUUCUGGGCUGUACCAGCUCUACUUCGAGAUGAUCCGAAAGUACCACUACAUCUUCUCGUCUUUGCUCUUGAGGCCGGACUUACUACUUUGACCUGCAUUGCCGAUUACCUCAGCUGGAGUGGUUACUCGAACAAUGAGAAGAUUGAACUUGGAAAGCUCUAUGUACCCUACCUGGCACUGGCUGUCUUCAUGGGUCUUGAUAUGUUCUUCCGUCUGAGCCAGAUGAUCUCUAAGUCAGACAAGGCAAUCAAGGGCAAGAAAGCUCAAUAG